AUGAGCGCCACGUCCUACGCCGCCUCGAUCAUCGAGACCGCUCUCGCGAGCGAGCAGCCCAUCCUCCGCUUCGGCACCUUCACCCUCAAGUCUGGCCGCUCCUCGCCCUACUUCUUCAACUUUGGCCUCUUCAACACCGGCUCUCUCCUCCUCGCUCUCGCCUCGGCCUUCGCAGACGCCAUCCUCGACGCCUACCCCGAGAUUGGCUCCUCCUCCGCCGGUCCCGACACGCCCAAAGUCCUCUUCGGACCCGCCUACAAGGGCAUCCCCCUCGUCGCUGCUAUCGCAUCCGAACUCGCACGACGAGGACGUGAUAUCGGCUACAGCUACAACCGCAAGGAGAAGAAGGACCACGGCGAGGGCGGGUCGAUUGUCGGUGCGCCGCUCAAGGGACAGAAGGUCCUCAUCGUCGACGACGUGAUCACGGCCGGUACUGCGAUUCGCGAGGCGCACAAGAUCGUCGAGUCGGAGGGCGGUCAGACGGCGGGUAUUGUCGAGGCCCUCGACCGGGAGGAGCGCGGACAGGGCGAGCUCAGUACGGUCCAGGAAGUCGAGAAGGAGCUCGGCGUCAAGGUCACGAGCGUCGUCAAGAUGCGCGACAUCGUUGCGUGGCUCAAAGAGAAGGGCAAGCUCGACGAGAUGAAGGCCAUGGAGGAGUACCGCGCAAAGUGGGGCGUUAACUAG